CCUUUCCCCUCUCCCAUACUCGUUCCCUCUUCCGCUCUCCCUCCACAUGCGCCCAUCUCUUCCUGCCUCCCCAGCUCCUUUUUACAAGCACUUCGGCUCAAGAAGCCCUCCAGCGUGCAUUCUGCUUGUCCCUUGGCUUCGCUACUCGUGCACUUCAACCACACUGACACUGCCCCUUCAUGCCGCUGCUCACGAAGAGCGUUGCCCUCGGGCUCGGGCUCGCCUUCGUGCCUGCAGCAAAUUGCCUGCAGGUGGACUCGGGAAACAAGUACACCCGUCAGGGCAGCGAGAUGAUGGCCUGGGAUGGUGAUGAUGGCGAGGAGGAGUCCCAGAGCCGCGUUGCCGUCCUGGUCACCGGCAGCGUCGAGAGCCUGGCCCUCACGCCGCUGCUGGGGAACGUCGUGCAAGCCAACGCCCGCAAGGGCCUGCAGGUCGACCUCUACUUCGCCCUGCGCGGCCGCAGCUCCCCCGGCGAGACGACCAACCCCAAGAUGGUGAACCUUCGCAAAAGCUUCGACGAGGUCAGUUACGGCGGCAAGCUCAUGGACUACAUCUGCGAGCUCGCGAAGAAGGAGGGCGCGACCAAGUGCAGCUGGAUGGCCCCGUCCGACGAGGCGGCGCCCGUGGGCGCGGCCCAGCGCAGCAUCAUGGUGCAGCAGCCGGCCGGCAGCGCCUCGGGCCAGGAGGCCGUGAGGCGGUGGCGCUCGCAGGCUCACCUGUGGGCCGCUGUGCGCCUGGAGGAGGAGGCGGGGAGCGAGCUUGCGGACCAGUACGACCAGUACGACGCUGUCAUGGUCACCCGCUCUGACACCUACUUCCUGGCCCCCUUCCUGGUGGACGCCGAGGGCUUCCAGCUCGAGUCCCAGCGGGUGUCCACCACGCCGUGCCUCGACGUGACCGGCAUCAGCGACAAGGCGGUGGUCAUGGGCCGCGAGGCUGCCGAGGUGCUGCUGGGUGUCCACGAGGCGUGGAAGCGGGGCGAGGAGCGGCUGAGCGGCACCCGCACCGCCGAGGAGGUGUGGUUCCGCACGGCCGCGCAGGCGGGGCUCAGCGUCGUGCCAGAGCCGAUGUACGCGGCGCAGGUGAUCUGGACCGGGGGCGGGCUGCCCUGCUUCUCGGAGGCGACAUUCAGGCUCGGCAGCGAGUCGGCGGGUCUCGAACAGUGCUUCGCGGAGAGCGUCGGCGACGCGCCGGUCUCGAGCCUCUUCAAGGCGUUCAGCUGCGAGACGGGGAACCCGGCAUACUACGAGCUGCUGUGGCACCAGCAGGUUCGCACGCUGCACAAGAUGGUGGCCGACAUCGCCAACCGGAACGAGAGCGAUUCGAUCCUCGUCAUGGCGGUGGACCAGGGGGAGACCGACAUGGCGGUGGACACGCUCACCAGCCUCUCGGACGGGGUGGACGCGGCAACCAACACGGUCGUCGUCGGCACGUCUUCCGGCGUCUGCAAGGCCCUGGCCGACAAGUCCGGCGUGUCCGGCCACAAGUGCCUCGUGGUCGUGCCGCAGCAGGACGUCCAGCUCAGCGUCCUCAAGCACGCCAUCCUCACCACCGUGGCCUCUGCCGGCCUGGGCCAGAGGGUGGUGUCCGUGACGCCGGGCGUGCUGUUCACCAAGGGGCUGACGACCGCCCUCGCGGCCUCCUCGAGGACCAUCGCGUUCGCCUCGAAGUCCACCAAGGCCCAGACCGCCCAGGCCUGCCGCGAGGAGGCCGGGGACGUGGCCGACAUCGACAGCGGCUUCCUCGCCCUGACGGACGCGCCCGAGGUCACCGACAUGUUGCUGCGGGCGUGGCAGCUGAUGGAGGAGGACAAGGCGCUCUCCCAGCAGGCGGCGCUCGCCGCCGCGCUCGGCGUCUCCGGCCACUCCGAGUUCGGCCUCCUCUCGUGCGGGCUGCUCUCCCCUCCGGUCGCGCCCACGGAGAGGGUCGUGGGCGCGGCGCAGCCGCAGGGGGUACAGCAGCAGAUCAAGCGGGAGGUGCAGCAGCGGGCCUCCGGGUCCGCCUGGGUGGACCGCCUCCGCGGCGAGGCCCCCAAGCAACGCAGGUCGCAGGAGGCCUCCGCCGUGGCCGCGGAGGGCGAGCGCAAGGCGGAGUGGACGAAGAAGGCCCUCGAGUGGAAGGACAUGUGGGCCGAGCGCGUGCACAAGCUCGAAGAGCAGAACGGCUACAACGCGACGGCCGUCCGCGAGGAGCGCAUCAGGCAGAGGGCGUACAACAAGGCGCACCGCACCCACAAGAAGCACGUCCGCUACCUGCCCCCGGACGAGGCCGCGAAGGUGCAGGCCCGCGAGGAGAAGUGGAACGCGGACCAGGCGAAGCAGAAGGCCGACGACCUGGCAAAGGCCGAGGCCCGCCGCGAGGCAUUCAAGCACCAGGUCGAGGAGGCCCAGAGGGCCAUCGAGGAGAAAAGGAUCGCCAGCGAGGCUGGGGCCGACGAGGAUCUGAGCGCGGCGUAGCUCCGCCGUGUGCAGCCUGCGCUCGGACAACGGAAACGGAAAACACUGUUCAGCUCGAGCCUUGCUUGAUGGAGAUCCUUGGGGCACGCCUCGCCUUUUUUUCAAUACGUGUGCCUUUUGCCGCGGGAUUUAUUUCUAUCCAUAUGCAGUGCGUCUUGGACUUUCUCGGAAGGGUCGCCGCAAGGCCGAGGCGCACUGGAUAUGGAUAAACAUCGAGCCUCUAGGGGCCAGAUUUUUAUCCACAUCCAGGCCGCCUCGGGUUUCUGGGGAAGGGAGCCCAACACUCCAAGGUGCAGUGGAUCUGGACACAAGUCUUGCCCGCACUUGCGCUGCGUCCCGAGCACCGCCAUCAGAGCAGACCCCGGCAGA